CUGCGAGCGGAGGCACUUUUCUCCUCCUAUCAGCGCCAUUGUGUGACAGAGUCUCGGGGAGCGAGGAGGACGGUUUGUCCUUCUGUAGCCGACAGGACUCUUUAAAUACCCUCCAUGUUUCUCUUUCAAACUCCGGCGGACCUGGAUGUGACAUGGCUCAUAGGGUGUAGGAUGGUUCUGGGCCUGUGGACUCUGACAGUCAGUGGAAGGAGGGUGGGAGGUGUGAGGUACAGAGCGGAGGAAGGAGGAAUAGAUAGACGGAAACCAGGUGAAGGAGGGACCAAAGAAGAGAAGAAGUGGAGGAGAAGGGAAGGGAAGAGGAGGAUAAUGAAGUGGAAUGUAACGGGUGGGGCACCUCUGACCGACACAGUGAUGCAGUUCGGGGGUCUGUCUGUAUUGGUCAACUGCAUCAGCUGGCCCUCCCUCAUGAUCCUCUUCCCUGCCAGGGUUGGACGCCGGUCGGACACUGCCAGGCGUUGCUACCAGCAAUGGAAAUUAAUUCAAAGAUACCGGAGUUUAAAUGUGAUUUAACCAAUCCACCGACAAAAGAGAGCGAGAGAGAAGGAGAGAGAGAUAAAUAGAAAGCACGUGCAUGGGUGAUCAAGAACGAUGGACAGACAAAGAGGGGAAACUGAAACGGAGCUUUUAUCUGAUAUAUGUUCGGUAAAGGUGCGAAGCGGAAGCUGGACGAGGAUGAAGAGGGGCUGGAAGGCAAAACGCUGGAGGCACCGGUGGCGGGAGGGGGAAUAGGCCUCGGUCCGGAGGGCCUGUCCAAGGUGUCGUACACCCUGCAGCGGCAGACCAUCUUUAACAUCUCCUUGAUGAAGCUGUAUAGCCAGCGGCCGCUCGGCGAGCCCAGCCUGGAGCGCCGCGUUCUAAUCAACAACAUGCUGCGACGCAUCCAGGACGAACUCAAGCAGGAAGGCUCCCUGCGGCCACUGCUCUUGCCACCCUCGCCGCCUCCCGACGACCCCAUGGACGAGGGUUACCGUGAGGCGCCGCCCUCCUUUGGUGUUUUGUCAGUGGCAUCGGCAGCACAGGUAUCCCAGCCUUCUACGCUGUUGAUGCCGGUGAUCGUUCCACCGCCUUCACCCCACCCAAUGGUGCCUCCCAACUGCCAGGCAUCCCAGGCCUGCUCAAACCGUGUGGAGGCCUGCCCCGCCCCUCUGGAAGCCUGCCUCACUCCAGCCUCUUUACUGGAGGAGGAUGGUGGAGAUUCAGCCUUUUGUACUUCAUCCCCACCCACUCCUCCUCUGUCGCCUCCACCGGUGCAGCCUCCUCCGUUACCUUCGGCACUUCUGAGCCAGGUGUCCCCCGGGGUCCCUGUGCCCGCCUCGUCCAAUGACAGUUUCCCCUCCGCUCGGAGUGACAUGGAGUUGUGUACUUCCACAGCCAUAACAAGAACAGAAGCAGCUAAUACUACGACCGUGACUACCUCCCCAGCUCCCACGCCACUCACCCAGCCCUCCCACUUAGCAGCCCUCUCCCCAGCACCCAGAGACUGCAGGACAGUGGGUGCUAAACCAGAGGCAGCUGGCGUCUUGCUAGCCGAAGCCUGCUGUGCCGAUCUCCGGCCGAUGGACACUUUGCCCACACUGCCCCCUGUUGGCCUAGUAGACAUUUCUUCCUCUUCCUCUUCUUCCUCUCCCUCGGGGUUUCUCUCAGACUUGGCACUGGACGACGUCCUGUUCGCCGACAUCGACACGUCCAUGUAUGACUUUGAUCCCUGUACGACAGCGGGGGCUGUGGGCGCGGCGGCAGGUGGUGGACUCACCAAACUGUCGCCGGUGGUGACGGCGGACGACCUCCUCAAAUCGCUGGCGUCGCCGUACAGCGGCCCUGCCCCCCAGGUUUCAGCCAAUCAGCCUUUCAAAAUAGAUCUGACAGAACUGGACCACAUCAUGGAGGUGCUGGUGGGCUCGUAACUCGCCAACACCACCACCUCAGAAACACACAGACAGUUUCAUAUGGCGAACAGACUGGAAUGAACUUUUGGGAUCGAUUUGGUUAUUUUCCUGAUUGUUGUUUUUAUGUUUAAAAAAAAAACUCUCUUCAAAGGUCGGUAAUUGUAAACGUCGAUAGUGAUGUCACUUAGUACUACUAUGACAACUACUACUACACAACACUGUGCAUGCACUGUGCUCGCCUUUCCAAAUAUGGAAAAGAAGUAACCGGGAAACAAAGAGACACAUACAUUUGUAUUUCUAUAUUUGUGAGGACCUCCAUUGAUUCCAUUCAUUCCCUAAUCCUAAUUUAAACCUAAUCAUAGUUUUCCUCUUUAACCUGAACCUAAGCCUUAAUCCUAAAAGUAACUGUAAAUAGAAAAAACUAAUUGUGAAAAAUUGUCCUCACUCUGGAGGAUUUUUGCAAUCAUUCUAUCCUUGUACUCCUCACAGGUAUAGUAAUACAAGUGAACACACAUAGACAUGACACACACACACACACAAACACACUGAAAUCAUGGCUUUUAGCAGAUGAGUGCCUUUCAAAAUGACCACUUCUUCAAUUCCUGUUUUACAGUAUUUUUUUUCUAGUUCUUUUCACUUUAACAGCCUAGAGAGGUCAAUCCUCAAUGUUUUUUUUUAUUUAUUAUAUUGUGUUAAAACUAUUAUUAAGUAAGGUAAUUUGUUAUGAUCAAAUAAUAAUUAUUUAAUCUUUAUCUUAUUACAUAUGCUAUGUUUUAUUUGUAAAGCAAGCAUAAAAAGGUUUUACAAGGAAUACAUUGUUUUGUCAGUGUGCUACAUAAUAUAUUAGUCAAUAUAAUCACGCUUGGGAAUAGCUCUAAGACACAUUGCCUGGUUGUUUGUUAAACUCAUUUUGGUAGAAGGAAAUGUCUGUUCUUAUACACAUCAUGUCUAUGAAUUCAGUUCAGGACUUUUUUUUUUUAUUGGUAGGCAGGCACAUAUAACUGUGCUGGAUGCUUUUUUACAUGAGCUCAAACUAUGGUCUAGUUAUCACGCUUCACUUACAGCAUUCAAAUGAGCUACACCCACAGGAAAGCUUGAUGUGUUUACAUUGGAAGCGGCAGCUGCGCCACCACCAACUCUUGCCUCCCAGUUGGAUGUGGAUGAUCUGAAAAGUCCAACGUGAGCAGAGACUUUAGGCUGUAAACACAUUUUUGUGACUGUGGACUCAAGACAAAACAACUAUCACAGAUUGCAUAGAACUUCUCAGAAUUACACCAAGAAAAUUUUAUAUUUUAGUUUUACAUGCCCUAUUUUUGGUUUGGGUCCUACAUAAUUAGCACCAUAAGUGACGGACAGAAUACAGCACUGCAUACAGUAUUACACACACAUACACACAAUUUGCAGAGUAUGUUUACUUGUGAUUAGAAUAGGAGGCCUAUAUGCCAAAUCUCAGGGUUCUGCUCUCUUCUGUGCAUUGUGUUGUGCAGUUUUGAUGUUGACCCCAAAGCCCAGGUAUGUUUUAAACAUAUGAUAGCAGGAGAGCUAAAUCUGGCUUGUGAGGAAUUUCAAUGUGGAUUUCCAAUGAAGUAGGAAACCCAAACCACAAUGUUAACCUGAUACUGCAACGAUGCAAAAUACUAAUUGUUUCAUAAACCCUACCCCCCUGCACAGCACAAGCCACUAUGCAUGAUCUUUGAUUUGACCCAAAAAGACAAAAUGUGAUGGCUAAGUGUAGCUUCUAAGAUGAGGGUCAUAUGAGGAUUCCUAAAGUCCACAUGCUUUUUUCCCCCAGCAGACCAAAAGCUUGCACACACACACACACACACACACACACACACACACACACACACACACAGAGUUUUAGCAGCCAUGCUAUGUCCAUAUUCAAGCCUUUUAUAUGAUAUCUAUUGAAGCUAGAAAUACUCCUAUUUACACAAAUUUCGAUUACCUUUAAAAAUUAAGUUGAUGUUAUUUUAACUAACUGUCCCCAAUUCACAGAUUUAGCUAUUAACUGUGGUUUUCCAUAUGAAAAGGGACAACACUAUAUGGAAGAGAUAUUUGGAGUAGAGGCAAUAGGUUGAAAACAGCUGUGUCACAGUCUCCUAAAUCUACCUUCUCAGACUGCUGACCUUCAUAGAAACCACACAACAAGCUUUUGCAAGGUCACAGUGUCACAUAAUUUGCACAAAGUCCAUUCUGAAUGAGGCACCAGGAUAGUUGUAGAUAAGGCCAGUAGUAGACACAGACAUUGGCAAAUCACAGACCUACCAUAUUUCCUAGUAAUGUAAAAGUCAUACUGGCUACAGGACUACGGGAUAGAAUAAUUUCUAAGGUGCAGAUACAUUAUGUACAUUAAGGGUCGAUGGAACAAAACAAAAAGUUGUAAAAUACCUUUUCUUGCGGCAAUAUUCAGAAAGACAGAAGCAGUGAGUCAGCAAAAGUCAGACUAACUCACCUUGCCUCUUAUAGCCACACAAUGCAAUGAAAGUUGAACUAAUCGGCUCAAAUAUUAAAAAGAAAAAUCCACACUGGGAUACUUUUAUACAUCACCAGUCAUAUGUUCAAUGCAUUUACGGACAUGCUGUGUGAUGAAGUGUAAUUGUCUUGAGGCUACUCUGGGUGAAAUUGGAUUAUGCCUCCUGCUUUUUUAAAAGCCCUCAGUUUAAUGUUUAAAACUGUGUUCAUAGGUUUUUUUAGCCACGUGUUGACAACAGAACGAAAAAAGAUUGCUGCACAUUAGUAUUCAUCUGGAAUUCUGUCUCUGGCCACCUGAUAAUUGCAAGUUCCAUAUUCACUCUCUUUCAGGCUGUUUUGGUCUCCACCAACGGCUGAAGGGGGGACACAUCUGCCUCUUUAGCUGGUAAUAUGCUCCAUUAUGUUCUGCAAAUGUGUUGCUUCGCAGUGUGGGUUUAUCAGAGUAGUGGGCCAGAAAACCAAAACAAUGAGCUAAAACACUCCGUAGAACCAAGGGGAAUGCACUACAAACGACACCUUACACAUUAUGCGUAAUCAUUUGAUAGCAAUAAUAAAUGUAUUGAUGAGUGCAGCUUUAAUGUUGACACCAAACAUUGUAACUGCUGUGCCCUGUAUCUUAUCAUCAGACCCAAACAAAAUCUGCUGUUUUUUUUAACAGUUUUCAGCAGUGAUCCAGAAUGAAAAUCUGCGGAAUUUAGCGGACUGCUUUUCUGCUUAGGGUGGAGAUGUGUAUGCAUUCUGAGCUUUAUUUUUAUUUGUUUAAAAUCUGCAGGAAAUCUGCGGUAAAUUCAGCAUCCAUAAAUUCUCUGUGGUCCUGCUUAUCAUUAUACAUAUCAUCUACAUUUGUCUAGCUUUUCUCAGCAAUACACAGUAAGAAAAAGACACCACAGAUAGACACUGCAGUGGUGCACAAAUGCACAUCACCAACAGGGUGGUUUUUUUCCUUCAAAAGUACUCAAGUAUCAAAUAGAACAAGAAAGCCUAAACACUUGUGUGUCUGCCAACACAACCUUGCUAUGGUGUAAAAUGGUAUGUUAAUGGUAUUUCUAGCAGAAGUCCCAGCUGGUGGGACCCAGUAGUUGUUAAUGGGACAGAACGUGUUAUCUGGACUGACUCCUCUUGCUGUGGUAGCCAACAGCAGUGAGGUCAGGGCGGUGUUGAAACUUGUUCCAAUUGAAGAUCAUUAGUUUCCCAGCGUGCAUUUGACCGUAGCCAGUACUUAAAUGAAAUGCAUUUGAACUGAAUUCAAAGCAGAGUGUGAGCCCGAGCAGAUAGCAGCACCAAGUCAUGCUGUCUGUAGAUGACUGUGUCUUGUUUCUUUCACUAUGUUUGGAUUUUGGAGUGCUUGUUUUUUCUUUUGUCUAUGAAGUUAUUUAUUCAUGUUGUCUUUCUUUUCUGUGUAAAUAUAUUUAUUUUUGAUGUGAAGUGAACAUUUGGAUUGUAAAUGUGUGUACAGAAUGUGUGGUAGGAAUGUAUUUCAGAUAGGAAUGUAUCUGAGCGUGGAAUUAUGGGUGGAAGCCAUUUUUUUUUAUAUAUACAUAGGUAGUUCUAUGAUGUUGUUUAUGUUUGUUUGUUGCUUUGUUAUUGAUUUUUGUGGGGUGGCGGCCACAACUUUUUACAUCUUUUCUACUCUUUUAUUUUUUUUAUUUUUUUAUUUUAUUCAUCUUUUUCCAGUUGAAGGCGAACAGAUCAUGCAGCAAUACUCAAAAAACCUGUCUCCAACCUUCAGAUGUCAAGACUCCAAAGCCUGUCAUAGACGCUUCAAUGCCAAAAGUAAUGUACAUAGUAUGAACAGCAUUCAAGCUCCUGAGACUUUAUCGAUCAGUGUUUGUUACCGAAUCUGUUUUCGCGCUGUCCGAGCAUGUGGCGGUUCCGAAUCGCCGAGAAAGACUGACCGCAGUCGAGGCUGAUUUCCUCUACGAAGGCUGUAUUUUACACAGACCUCAGAGCUGUGCCUUUUUCUAUGCAAUAGAACACAAACACAGAGAGAAACUAUCAGCUGAUCACUGUAUUGGGAUCCAAAUGUGGACUGUAGAUAAAAAAUAUAUGUGUGUAUAUAUAUAUAUAUAUAUAUAUAUAUAUAUAUAUAUAUAUAUACAGAUAUAUAUAGUAUAUGAGAUAAAUGGACUGCUCUCUAUGAAUUUG